UAAGCCAUAAGGCAUACGGCUGUGGCGGUGGCUCCGCCUGAUCCACAACCUUCGAAAUCCCAGUGAUUUUAUUAUAUAGAGAGAUUAAGCAUGCACUUUUUGAGCAUCAAUACCGUGUACUAAGGUGGAGAGAAGCGGAAGAGUCUAGUUCUUGUGAGUUGUGUUUCGUCUAGAGAAGCGGAAGAGUGCAUAUCAAAAGCGUACCAGAAGACUCAUGGCCGACGAACCGACGAUCCACUCCUUGCUCGGCGCGGUCGAAGACGGCGAUCCAAUCCCCGUCAACGACGAUGAGACGCUGGCGCAGGAACUCCAACUUCAAGAGCUUCUAGUAGUCAUUUCACCGCCUUCGAUCGCCUCGUUCGGCCGGCAAGACACAGUCAUCGAGCAAGGGGAAACUUCUGGGACCAAAUCAGACGAAUUCGAUUGCAACAUCUGCAUGGAAACGAAGGCACUGACUGAACAAUUCACCACAGAGGGUUGCCCCCACGCGUUCUGCAACAGCUGCAUGAGCCAGUACAUCGCCGCGCAGGUCGAAGCCAACGUGGCGACCGUCAAAUGCCCCGAUCCACAGUGCAAAGACUCGACGGCGCCCGCGCUGCAUCCGGACACGUGCCGCUCGAUCCUGCCCGAGGCCGUGUUCGACCGGUGGGGCAUGGUCCUGUGCGAGUCGGCCCUCGGCCCCAGCAAGUUCUACUGCCCCUUCACCGACUGCUCGGCGCUGGUCGUGAAGGAGGAAGAGGACGUAGAGAUGACCGACGCGAUGUGCCCGCACUGCGAGAGGGAACUGUGCGCGACGUGCCGGGUGGCGUGGCACAAGGGAGUUACCUGCGAGGAGUUCCAGCGGCUCGACGAGGGGGAGAGAGGGCGGGAGGAUCUGCUGAUGAUGGAGUUGGCGAAGAACAGCAAGUGGCAGAGGUGCCCGGAGUGUAAGGUGUUCGUCGAGAGGAUCGCCGGCUGCAGGUUCAUGAGCUGCAGGUGCGGGCAUUUCUUCUGCUACGACUGUGCAUCGCCAAUGCAGCAGAACAAUCACUCCUGUGCCAAGUGUGAUCGGAUUUAGGCGAUCACGGAUCCUCUGGUCCGUAGAACGCGAUUCAGAAGCUUCACUAAUGAUGAAGAAUGAUUCAUCCUCUAGGAGCGAGACUAAUAAGAAAAUUUAAUUUCUUAUAAAUUGUGUUUUAGUCUUUUUGUUUAUUUGAAUUCAGAACUCAAAUUUCUCUAAAUUGACAAGGAACGAAGCCCCUAAUUUAUCAUAUAAUUUCUAAAUUGCCCUUUUUCA